AUGGUGCUGGCGGCGGCGUACGGGGCCGGCGAACUGCAGGGAGCGGCGCGGGCGCAACGGGCUGCGGAGAUCCGGCGCCGGCGGCGAGCGUGGGAUCAAAUUGAGACGAUCCAGGCCGACGGAAUGGAACUUGAUCCAACGGAUUCAUCUAGACGGCAUGAUUCAGAGGUUGCCAUUGGGAGCAAUAUCGAUGCUCCAUUGUUGUUGCCUGAGGCUUCUUCACCUAUCCCACAAGUCGAUUGGGAUAACUUAAAGAUAGUAGAGACACAUGAUGAGGAAGGAAGAAUUGAACCAAUGAGUGAGGAUCAGCUAUAUGGGAUCUUGGGCCUGAGGGAUGAGGAUGAGAGGAGGAAGGUGGCUGAACCAAAUGGUCGUACAAUGCGUGAGCAGGGAGAUGAUAAUACCGAAGGUGCUGCCAUUCCUAUUAGUGAUGCCAUAGCAGAUGAGGUAGUGAUUACAUAUGACAAGGACCACCCAAAAAUGGAUCUUGGCACUAUGUAUCCAUCAAUGGAUGAAUUUAGGUUGGCUGUGAGGCAAUUUGCCAUUAAUGAGGAGUUUGAGCUAGGUACAGAGAAGUCAUCGAAGGAAAGGUUUAGAGGGUUCUGCAAGUCUAGUGAAGAAUGCCCUUGGAGGAUUGUUGGCAGAAGGCAAGCUGAUGAAAAAACAAUAAAGGUAACUUUUUUAGUUGAUCAACAUGAUUGUAUUUCAAGCAGUAGGGUGAAGACCAUAACACCAUCUCAGAAGUGGGUAGCUAGCAAAGCUGUGAGUAUCAUUCGAAAUAUACCCAAUAUUGGAGCUAUAGAAUUGCAGAAAAAACUGCAGGACGAAUACUCUGUCACAAUUCCAUAUGACACAGUUUGGAGGGGGAAAGAAAAAGCUCUCGCAGAGGUUUAUGGUAAAUGGGAAGAGAGUUUUGAGAUGCUAUAUAGAUGGAAGGCGGAGGUACUGAAGAGGUCACCUGGAAGUGUUGUAGAGAUUGAAGUACUGGAAAUAGAUGGCAAAGUGUAUUUUCAUCGGUUUUUCUGUGCACUUAAACCAUGCAUUGAUGGUUUUCUAGAAGGAUGUAGGCCAUAUCUGGGUAUAGAUUCUACUGCACUAAAUGGAAGGUGGAAUGGUCAUUUAGCCUCAGCUACAGCAGUUGAUGGUCACAAUUGGAUGUAUCCACUUGCUUAUGGGUUUAUUGCUUCUGAGACAGGAGAUAAUUGGACUUGGUUUAUGAAUCAGCUUAAGAAUGCAAUUGGAGAUCCUCCACUUCUUGCAGUGUGCACAGAUGCUUGCAAAGGUUUGGAGAAAGCAGUGAGGGAGGUGUUUCCCAAUGUUGAACAAAGGGAAUGUUUUUUCCAUCUUAUGAAGAAUUUUGUGAAAAGGUUCCAUGGGUUUGGUCAGAUGUAUCCUGCAGCAAGAGCUUACAGGGAAGAAGUGUUCAUAAAACAUAUGGAAUCAAUUUUUAAAGAAUCAAAUGCUGUAUGGCUGUGGUUAAAAGAGUACCAUAACCUCAAGUGGAUGAGGUGUGCCUUCAAUCCAGAAAUCAAGUGUGACUAUGUCACUAACAAUGUAGCAGAGGUUUUCAAUAACUGGAUCCGAGACAUUAAGGACUUACCUGUUGCUGAACUAGCUGACAAGGUGAGAGAGAUGAUCAUGGGUUUGUGGAGGAAGAGGAGAAGGAUUGGAGAAAGACUCAUGGCUGGAAGGAUAUUACCAGGGGUUAUGGUUCAGCUGAGGGCAAAUACCAGAGGUUUGGGGCACUUGAAAGUCGUGGAAUCUGCUAAUUGGAGUGCAGAAGUUUGGGACAAUAGCAAUAAUUGUGAAAGGCAUAUUGUGAAGCUUAAUCAGAAGACAUGUACUUGUCUUGAGUGGCAGCACACUGGUAAGCCAUGUGAGCAUGUUUUGGCCUUUGUAACAUCACAAAAGAGAGUAGACCUUGAGCAGUUUGUGCAUGAGUACUACUCAGUGGACAGAUUUAAGGCAGCUUAUGGCAGAGAGAUUGAGCCAAUGACAGGCAAAUCACAGUGGCCACAAGUACAACUCCCAUUUGUUGUGAGUGCACCACUUGCUAAGAGAAAUGUUGGAAGACAAAGAAAAUUGAGGAUCAAAGGAUGUCUCGAGGGUGGCCACAAGAAGAAAGGUGCCAAUGAUGACAACACUGCUCCCAUCAAUGCUAAGGGGAAGAAAAUGAUAAGAGGGCCAAUGACUUGCCUUAAGUGUGGUCUAAAGGGUCACAGGAAGAGGAAACCUAGGAAGAACAGUACAAGAGCAAGGCCAGAUGAAGCUAGCACACCACAAAGACCAACUAGAGAACAAAUACUACAGGACAGUCCAGGCAUUGUAACUAGAAGAUAUGCUGUAGAUUCAGCUGAGAUGUUCACGGCAGAGCACCGACAAUAG